GCUUUAAUUAAAUAAUUUUGUUUCGAAUAUUUGAUGGUCAUCCGUAUCGUUUUAGUUUGGAACUAUUGAACAAGUUUUUUUUUGUUGUUGAACCAUUUCGUAAUUAUAUAAUUAUUCAAUGAAUCGACAUCCAGGACAACAACAACAACAACAACAACCACCUGAUCAACAACAAAACGAAGAUAAUAAUGAUAAUAAUGAUCCAAAUCGUUUGAUAAAUUUAGCACGAAGAUUCAUACAACGACCAUUUUUUGCCAUGAGAGUUAUCAAUGAUAAUAAUAAUAAUAAUGGUAAUGAUGAUGAUCAUUAUGACGAAGAUGAUGAUGAUGAUGAAGUUAUUUGGUUACCCGAUGACGAUAUGAAUCCUGAUGAUGAUGAUGAUGUUGACGAUAAUUUUGGAUUACGUAUCAAUCUUAUUGUUAAUGAUUUUGAUCGAGAUGAUGAUGAUGAUGAAGAUUUUGAUGAUAAUGAUGACGAUGAUAAUAAUGGUAAUGAUCAAAUGGAUCAAGAAGAAACACAAAGAAAUGAAAAUCAAACCAAUUAUGAUAUAUCAUUACCAGUUGAACAUUCAUAUUUAGGUGGUUUAGAUUCAGUCGAUACUGCAAGACGUUUAUUUACACCCGGUACAAUUGUAUCAUUAAAAACAUUAUAUUUAAAUGGAAUGUAUUUAAUACCUGGUCAAGAAAUCCCAUUGACAUUUUCUAAUCGUAUUACAUUACAAUUUAUAACAACUAUUAUUGAACAUGAUGAUUCACGUACAUUUGGUAUACGUAUUGGUCGUUUUGAAGAUCGUUUCGGUACAACAGCUGAAAUUCGUAGCUAUUCAUUUAAAGAUGAUCGUUCAUCAAUUACGAUAAAAGUACAAGGUAGACAAAGAUUUACAAUCAUUGAUGAUCGUAAUAAUGAACAAGGUGAAUAUCAACCAAAUGUACAGAUAUUAUCUGAAUUAGAUAUGCAUGAUUUUUUUCGACCAAUCAUACAAUCAGAAUAUCGAUUAUCAAAGAAAAGUCGUUCAUUAUUAACACCAUUAUUAUCAAAUUCAAUUGAUCAAUAUGAUAAUCAAAUAUUAAUGUCACGUUUGAAAAUGAUAUUAAUGAAAAUAUUUGAAUAUCGUUUAAAAAAUGAAGAAUUUAGUUAUCCAGUUGAUGCUAUUGCAUUUAGUUAUUUUGUUCUGAUGGCCAUACCAUUUCCAGAUAAAAUUAAAACAUCAUUAUUGAAAAUUGAUUGCGUUAAUUUAAGGUUACGUUUAGAAACAUCAUUAUUGAAUGAAAAUUUUAAAUUUGUUUGUGGUACAUGUCGUCAAAAUCUUUGUGAUCGUAAUUCAUUUUUGGUUAUGUCAAAACUUGGUACAUCCGGUACAUUUGUUAAUAGUAAUGGUAUUGUACAUGAAUUAUAUACAUUUUCAAAAGUGGAAAAUACACGUCGUGUUUCAUUAUAUUCGGAAGAUUUUUCCUGGUUUCCAAAUUAUGGUUGGAUUAUUAUCAAUUGCCGUCAAUGUCGAACACAUCUUGGUUGGGAAUUUGAAACACAUAAACCAAAUAUUGUACCGAAAAAAUUCUGGGCACUAACCAAGAAUUCAAUAAGUUUAUUAUUUCAAUAUGAUGAAAAUUGUGAUGAAUCUUAUGUUUAUAAAUUACUUGAACAAGAUUUAAAUGUUGAUAUUAAUCAAUGGUAAAUUGAUUCUGUGUAUAAAAAAAAUGAACAAAUAAAGAGAUGGCCAAAACAAAAAAUACAAAAAUUCUUUUUA